GGUCACUUUGGCCGCCGCCACACGCCACAACCUGUCUCUCUUGAACUCUGCAGCCUGUCCCCCGCAAUCGCUCCAUACCGCGACCUCCCAAUUGCAUACUUCACGCUGUGAUCUACAAGUUAAGAAUGCCCCAUCUCAGUAUUCCCAGUACCGUGGUACGAUCCAACUACCCGGCAGCUAGUGGGGACCGCUCGGCUGUGUCGAAACUACCCCUCGAGCUCCUCUCUGAAGUCUUUCUCAUUCUCGCCGGUACAACCGUCAAGGAAUAUGGUGUCCCUGUCGUCGCGAGCGACGUUGUGGCGCAGGUUUGCUGGAAGUGGAGGGCCUUGGCCCUCUCGAUGUCUAGGCUUUGGCAGCGCUUCAUUGUCACUGAGCGGUGUACCAUUAUUACUGUGCAAGAGAGACUGCUACGGUCGAAUAUGCGCCCGCUCGAAGUCCAGAUCCUAGGCUGGCCGACAUCCACGACUUUUGCGGAGGGGCUUCUCCCCGUCGUGCGCGCGAUUGCCGGGCAAUCGAGGCGCGUCAAGUACUUCGUCGUGACUGGCCUCGACCUCGACUACACCGAACUCAUCAUGGAAGAAUUCUCGGAGACUGCGCCUAUCCUCCGCACGCUCUACAUCGAUGCGGACGUUCAGGAGGUAUUGCAGGAGGCUCUGCCUGCUCGUACGCUGUCCCUCUUCGGCGGUCAGACGCCCCAGCUGUUACGAGCGACCGUCAUCGGUGCACCGGUGUCCCUCGACUCGUUCUCCACACUCAAGAAAUUGGUCCUGCAAAACCAGAUCCACACCUCCGUGCCAAAGCUCCUGUCAGCCCUUCGGCGGUGCCCCGAGCUACAAGAGCUGAAUCUGGGCUUCGUCAGAAGAUGCUGGGACAAAAACACGUCGUACCCGACGGAUCCGAUCGACUUGCCGUGUCUCAAGCAAUUGGUCCUCGAUGGCAAGCAAGACGACGUACUGCACACCCUCGCUCACGUCACCUUUCCGACUACGACGUCGGUGAGUCUGUGGAUGUUCUACGGUGCCGUCGCGGAGCGCGAAGCCCCGCACUGCACCUCGCUGCAGACGAUCACGUCGAGGAUCAAGCACGCCGAGAUCGACUUCGUGACUGACUUAGUACACGCAAGCUUCAAACUCACAGUGACGUCGCCGGCCGACCGCUUUGUGGCCACGUUUGAUUGGCUCAUGGAUGGAGAGGACGACGGUCCGCAUGGCCAGCCCUCGAUGCGGUUCGACGUAUUGCGCUUGUCCGCACUGGAGCAUCUCACCGUGAAGGCGAUCCCGACGUCAAGGCUGACACACUCUGCGGAGUGGGGACGGCUCUUUGACCUAAUGCCGGCACUCAAGAAGAUCGAGUUCGAUGUCCCACACCCGCAUAUUGACGCGGUGAACCUCUUCUCGCCGUUGAUCAUCGCCCUCACGCCGGGAUCCUCACGAGCCAAGCAUGAAGCGCCUGACGCUGAAGGCAUCGUGGUGCGUUGCCCUCAGCUGGAGACGAUGUGCGUGGCGGCGUUUUGGCGGCUGUCAUUACCCGGCGUCUAUCUGGAGCUCGCGUUCAAGAGACUUCUGGACGGUCGGGCUGCCUUGCGCUUGCGGAGUCGGGUCGAUGUCCUCUCCCAGGUCUCAACGGAGACGUAACGAUCGCAGCAUCUGUGCGAAGAUGUGAGGCUACUGGUAUCGGGUGCUUCCUUGAAGGAGCAACUUGGCUGCGUGGAGCCUUGCAUAAUCGUCGGCCGAUGA